UAACGACUUACUAUUCGGGUAACUGUGGUAAAGAAGAUGCUGAAAUCAUAAAAGAAUUUAUGUUGAAUAAAGAUUUGAGCCCAUACAAUACAAGAUUGUUCAAGAGUGAAGAUGGGACCUAUGAAUUAAGAUUAGCAUCAUCUCUUACUAAUGAUACUCCUCCUAGUCCAAAUGAUAAAGUAUCAUCAUUACUUGGACCCCAUCAGUUCCCUUCCCCUAGAACCAGCUCUAGUGUCUCCAUUAAGAUAUCAAGAGGAGACUAUCAUACACUAAUGAAGAGGAUGAGUGAUGAACUGGAGGCGGCUGCUCAUCACGUUGCUAACAGGAACCAGAAGGAUAUGAUUGAUAGAUAUGUGUCUAGUUUUAGUAGAGGGUCGGUACCUGAUCAUGAAGAUGCAUCUCGUUAUUGGAUUAAAGAUAAAGGGCCAGUUGUUGAAACGUAAGUACCGUAUAGCGGGUUUGUUUCGUAGGGCUAAAUUUUCGUUCUUUUCGUUCUUCAAGAUGGGAGAACGAAUAAUUAACCAAACGAAAUUCCAGUUUUUAAUGGGCGUGGUAGCUUAUUAACGUCUUCAUAACAAAUGUUUAACCUCACGAAAGUCA